UUUUAGAAAAAUUUUAAUUUUUAGCAUACCAAAAUUGUUGCGUUUAGCUGAGAUUGCAAAAUGACGUUCUACCCUGCUCGUGUCCUUUUAAAAUUCACUUCACCACGUUUCCAGAGACUCUUUUCAUCUUCAAACAACGAGGGAGCUGGAGGCCAAAAGCCAGGAUCUCACAUGGGCACCUUCGACUGGGAUACUACUCACAUAAAUUCAGAUGGAUUCUCCAGUGCCUCGAACGCCAAAUAUAUGGAGUUCCUGUACGCCAAGUGGAUAAAAGAUAAUAAAUCCAUACAUGAGUCCUGGCAGAAAUUCUUUAGCAAACUCGAGGAUGACCAGGAGAAGCCCGAAAAGAAUUCUUCAAUUACUAAGAAGUCUACUUCCCGGAAGAACUUAAGUCCUAAUAUAUUGGAGAAGGAGUUCGUCGACCUGAUAAAUCGGAAGUAG